UCGAAAGCCGCUAUCUGAUUGCGUCUCGCUGCUGCCGGAAUUAACUAGAGCAGGCCGCUAGCUCGAUCAUCGCCGCGGGCUGGCAGCUACGACUACUUAACAAUGGCUCGCGCGGCGCCGAUGAUUGCCACCUGCUCCGCCUUGGCUUCGCCUCCUGGCAUUCCUGCACCAUGGCGCGCUCCGCCUCCGCGACGGCCCCCCUCUCCUGCGCCAUUGACCCUGCCAUGGUUCUCUCUCACAAGUUCCCCGAGGUCGCGUACGAGUACGAUGAGAGGGAUGUAGCGCUGUACGCGCUGGUGGUGGGAGCUUGCAACGCAGAUGCAGCCGAUGAGAAGGAGCUUCAGCUGGUGUACCACAGGGAUGGCCAGUCCUCCAUUAAGGUUUUACCUACUUUUAUUUCUGCACUUAAUGCAAAAACUGGCGAUCGGUUUUACAUGGAUGUCCCUGGCCUUCACUAUGAUCCAACACUUUUACUGCAUGGUCAGCAAUAUAUAGAGAUAUAUAAACCAAUUCCUUCACGAGCUAAUGUUGCUAACAAAAUUAAAAUAGCUGGUUUGCAUGACCGAGGGAAGGCCGCUAUUCUUGAAGUUGAAACACUAACCUGUCUUGAAGGUUCUGGUGAAGUUUUGUGUAUGAAUAGGAGUACUAUCUAUUUGCGUGGUGCUGGUGGCUUCUCCAACUCUUCACAACCGUUCUCAUAUGCCACUUAUCCUUCUAAUGAGGUUUCCAAUGUUACAUUUUCAGAUUCCACACCUUUUGCUGUGUAUGAAGAUCGCAUUCAGAAAUCCCAGGCACUUCUGUGUGGCUUAUCUGGCUAUUUUCAUCCUCUGCAUUCAGAUCCUACCUUUGCACAGGCUGCAGGGUUUACACGCCCAAUAAUGCCUGGACUGUCAACGCUUGGAUUUGCCGUUCGAGCUAUCAUGAGGUCAUUCUGCAACAUGGAACCAGCAGCCGUGAAAGGUAUCUCCUGCCGGUUCCUGCACCAUGUCUACCCCGGGGAAACUCUGGUUACUGAGAUGUGGCUUGAAGGACAGAGCCGAAGGGUGUACUACAGAACUAAGGCGAAAGAGCGUGGUCGAGCUGUGCUCUCAGGAUACGUGUUACUCCGAAACGUGUCUUCACCACUGUAAAACAUGUAAAGAUGAAAGAAGUGUAUCCUGUGCUCUCAGUCCCAGCAGUGUCAUCUCAAGAAAGGAACUGCAACAACGUCGUCUCAACAGUUGACGGCGAAGGGACAAGGCAAUUUUCUUCUCAGCUGGUGGUUUACCAUGAUUUAUUGUCGAGUGGUAUAUGAACCCAAAUCUCUGGGCUGAGUGGGCUGCAGAUUGCCGAUUGUGGAUUUGUAAAAUCCCGUGUGCCUGCCUGCCUAUCCAUGCAUUCCUCGUGCCGCAGUCAUGCUACCAGUGGGCUAACGUUUACAGUGAAUUCAUUAUCGAUGUUCUCACACACAAGGCAGCCCCUGCACUAUAGAACUUCAGGAAGACGCCUUUUACGUUGUCUGGUUCCCUGUUUUACAAUACGCUGCCUA